AUGGAAUAUCACCCGCGCUAUCAGCAACCGUUUACUCUGGGCGAGGCGAUAGGCCUCGACCCCGCUAUCAUCACUGAAGGUGCUUCAGGUUUUAGUUGUCCAAACUACUCAGGGACCGAUCGUCCUCGUCAACCAGAGAUCUCAAGGCUUCACAAUUCGCUGGCCAAACUGAAAGAGACGCAGGGGGAGCUCAAGAAGUGCAUUGAAGAAGACAACGAAACGGACGAGGAGCUCUCGUUGGCAUUCAAGGAGAACGAGGAUGUAAUUGGUUCGCAAGAGGAACGAAUACGGAUGCUUGUGAUGGCUCUAAGACAAAAAGGCGUUAUCACAGAUGACAGCCAUUACGGACUACCACAGCAGAAGGAGACCAAAGAAAUGGAACAUGAACCAACCAGCACCGUUGAAAACCAUGGUGGUGGCGAGGGUAGCGAUGAUGGCGUUUAUUUAUGA